UUUAUUACUAUUUUAUAUUGUUUAUAGCCUUUAACGAAAAAUAGAUUGCGUAUGAACGUUUUGGCUUGAUAAUUUAGAGUUACACUGUUUUGUGGUGUUGUUAAUAUUGCUAGUUAAGAAUGGAAACGAUUUUAGAACAGCAGAGAAGUCUUCAUGAAGAGAAGGAACGUCUUCUUGAUGCCAUGAGAAAAGAAACACUCCAUGAAAAAACUACACUGAGAGAAAAUAUCAAUUCAGACUACAGAGUAAAGAUGCUUCUGGAUAGAAGCAUGGAAGUAUCCGCCACAUUAACUGAUUUGUACGAGGAUAAAGAUGGUCUCAGGAAAGAAGAAAUACAAGCACUUGCUGGACCUCAUGAGUUUCAAGAGUUUUAUAAACGUCUCAAGGUCAUCAAAGAAUUCCAUAGAAAACAUCCAAAUGAAAUAUUUGUUCCAAUGUCUGCGGAGUUUAACGCCUUGGAUGAAUCAAGAGAAAAACCAACUGAUGAAGUGAACAAUUUGGUUGAGUUUUCUGAUGAAGAAGCUUAUGGGAGGUUUCUUGACCUUCACGAAUGUUACAUGAAGUAUAUUAACCUCAAAGGUGUGGACCGAGUCAGCUAUGUUCGAUAUCUUGACAUUUUUGACAAACUUUUCGAAAUAAACAGAGACAAGAAGAAUCGGCAAUACAAAGAGUAUCUCCAAUCCCUUCUUCAAUAUCUCCUAUCAUUUCAUCGAAGAGUUAAAUCCCUUGUUGAUCUCACAGUAGAAUUCAAGGAGGUCGAAGCUAACUUCGAAAUCCAGUGGUCUCGGAUGGAAUUCCCGGGAUGGGGUAAAGAAGCUGGGAGCGCGAUGACAUACACGGGAGCCCAUUUGGAUCUAAGUCCUUUCUCUUCUUCUGAGGAGUUAUCCUCUCUUGGUCUUGACCGUCUUAAAUCAGCUUUAAUGGCGUUGAAUUUGAAAUGUGGGGGAACAUUAGAACAAAGGGCGGACAGACUUUUCUCAACUAAAGGAAAAAAUAUUCAUGAGUUAAACCCAGCUCUUUUCUCGAAAGCCAAAAACGCGAAAAAAGAGGACAAAAAUCGAGGCAAAGAGACAGCGUUUAUCGAGGCAAAGAUCUACCACAUGAUGGAGCAGUUGGGUGAGCAGCGACAAGCCACGCGUGACAACGUACAACGACGACAAGCGAGGACAGAAACGGAGCGACAAGAUGAUGGAGAGGAAGUAGUGUCUGAAAGUGAAAGUGAAGAAGAAGACGACGAGAUUAUUUAUAAUCCUAAGAAUCUCCCACUAGGUUGGGAUGGUAAACCAAUCCCUUACUGGUUGUACAAGUUGCAUGGGUUGAAUAUCAACUAUACAUGCGAGAUAUGCGGGAACCAAACCUACAGGGGGCCGAAAGCUUUCCAAAGACAUUUCUCGGAGUGGAGACACGCCCAUGGUAUGAGGUGCUUAGGAAUUCCCAACACAGCGCAUUUUGCUAAUGUUACUCAGAUAGAAGACGCUAUGGCUCUGUGGACAAAAAUCAAGCAAGCAAAAAGUUCGGAGCGUUGGAAUCCUGAGAAUGAAGAAGAAUAUGAAGAUAGUGCUGGGAAUGUGGUCACUAAGAAGACGUACGAGGACUUACAAAGACAAGGAUUGCUUUAAGCCUGUCUGUCUCAAUUUUUUAGAUGUCAAAUCAUAAAAUUUUUUUUUUACCAAAAAUCAGGAUUUUGUAAGAAAGACUGAAAACUGCUCUGUAUUUUCUGCAGUAAAAACAUGCAUUUGGUUAUUUUUGGUUAGGGCAAUUCUUUGAAUAAAGCUAAGUGUAAUACUCCUUAAAUGUAAAAGCAAUUAUUACACUUAAAUCCACACAAAUUCGUUCAAAAAAUGUCCAGACUUUGCAGUCAUAGUAAAACAAUCCUGCUGCUAAUAUGUGUGUAGCUAUUAGCCUAAUAAAGUUUUGUACA